CGGAGGGGGCGGGGCGGGGCGGGGGCGGUGGCCCGGCCGGGCUGGCUGGGCGCUUGAGGCGCCCUGGGCCCCUGAGGCGGCCGCCUUUAUACCGUGCCCGCUUGGGAGGGGCUGCAGUCGACACUCAUGCAGGGUCGGGAUGUCGGAGAUGCCCGUCGACCAGAAGCAGGGGUGCUCGGAGCAGAGCGCACCAGACCCGAGGCGCACUGGCUUCGUGCUGGGGCUGGACGUGGGCAGCUCUGUGAUCCGCUGCCACGUCUAUGACCGGGCAACGCGGAUCCGCGGCUCCUCCGCGCAGAAGGUAGAAACUCUUUAUCCUCAAGCUGGCUGGGUUGAAAUUGAUCCUGAUGUGCUUUGGCUUCAGUUUGUUACAGUAAUAAAAGAAGCUGUCAAAGCUGCAGGAAUACAGAUGAAUCAAAUUGUUGGUCUUGGCAUUUCAACACAGAGAGCUACUUUUAUCACGUGGAACAAGAAAACGGGAAAUCAUUUUCACAACUUUAUUAGUUGGCAAGACUUAAGAGCUGUUGAACUUGUAAGAUCUUGGAAUAGUUCUCUUAUGCUGAAGCUCUUACAUAGUUCCUGCCGGAUGCUUCACUUCUUCACGAGAAGUAAACGACUUUUUGCAGCCAGUUUGUUCACUUUCACAACUCAGCAUUCUUCUUUGCGAUUAGUCUGGAUUUUACAGAACAUGAUUGAGGUGCGAAAGGCAGUUGAGGAGGAAAAUUGUUGCUUUGGGACUAUUGAUACCUGGUUAUUACAUAAGCUCACAAAAGGUGCUGCAUAUGCCACAGAUUUUUCAAAUGCUAGUACAACUGGACUUUUUGACCCAUAUCUGAUGUGUUGGAGUGGGCUCAUUACCUCCAUGAUCUCCAUUCCACUCUCCCUCCUGCCUCCUGUGAAGGACACAAGCCACAAUUUUGGAUCAGUGGAUGAAGAGAUAUUUGGUGUGCCUAUACCAAUAGUUGCCUUGGUUGCCGACCAGCAAUCAGCCAUGUUUGGAGAAUGCUGCUUCCAGACGGGUGAUGUGAAAUUAACCAUGGGAACUGGAACUUUUUUGGAUAUUAAUACUGGAAAUCACCUUCAACAUACUAUUGGAGGCUUUUAUCCAUUAAUUGGUUGGAAGAUUGGGCAAGAAGUUGUAUGCUUAGCUGAAGGCAAUGCAGGAGACACUGGUACUGCCAUAAAAUGGGCUCAGCAAUUAGAUCUUUUCACAGAUGCUGCUGACACCGAGAAGAUGGCCAGAAGUUUGCAAGAUUCUGAGGGAGUUUAUUUUGUUCCAUCUUUUAGUGGAUUACAGGCUCCCUUAAAUGAUCCCUGUGCGUGCGCCUCUUUCAUGGGUUUGAAGCCUUCCACCAGUAAAUACCAUCUCGUACGUGCAAUAUUGGAGUCAAUAGCUUUCAGAAACAAACAAUUAUACGAGAUGAUGCAGAAAGAGAUCCAUGUUCCCAUAACAAAAAUCCGGGCAGAUGGAGGAGUCUGUAGGAAUGGUUUUGUCAUGCAGAUGACUUCAGACUUGAUCAAUGAGAACAUAGACAGACCCGUCCACAUCGACAUGUCAUGCCUGGGUGCAGCUUCUUUAGCUGGUCUUGCUGUUGGGUUUUGGACUGACAAGGAGGAACUAAAGAAAUUGAGGCAAAGUGAAAUAGUUUUCAAACCACAGAAGAAAUGUCAAGAAUAUGAAAUGAGUAUGGAAAAUUGGGUCAAAGCCGUGAAACGCUCCAUGAAUUGGUACAAGAAGACAUAACACUAAAUGAAAAGCUCGAGACCAUGGAUGACUGGUUUAUAUGACAUGCAGAUGAGACACAGCUCAGGGAUAACCAAUGUGACAGUGGCAGAGAUUUAAAAUGAGCUUCACAACCUGGGAGAAAAAGCAUUACUAAAAACACACAAAUAAAAAAUGAUUAUUUUUUUCCAAAUCUUGAUGAGAUUAUAAGACAGCAAUACCUCAAAACUUUAUUUCUUCUGUUUUGUAGCAAAUUCCAAAAGGACAUUAGCCAUUUCCAACUGUAUUUUUAGAAAGUCAUGGGUCCUCUUCCUUUUUAUACUGGGUCAGUGGAACACAGGAGCACAGUCAUUUAUCUUCAGAACUGAUAGUUCUGGGUCAAGCACCAUUUGUAUUUUGUUCCAAAAUUAUGUGGAAAGUAUUUCUUUAAUUCCGUAAAAUUAAGUGGGCUAUUUGAAGUCUUAAAAAGAAAGAAAUGCUGAGAAAAUGUGGAAUAUUGAAAUAAUUAAUAUUUUACAGUUAAAGCCAUACUUUUUCAAUCUUAUAUCCAAAUAUGAGCUUAUACAUCCCUCUCAGAUAAGCUUAUUUGUUGGUUAGUGCUUUCCUUUAUUGACCUUAAAGCCACUGCCUUAAUUUUUCCUUGUUCAACCCAAAUCUGAGCACUCUUCAUACGUUGAAAAUCACUGAAAAACUAAUUUCAGUUAAUGAACUGAUUUUUAAGGAACAGAAAAAUACCAUUUAUUUUCCUUUUCAAAUAACAUUUCUUUCAAAAAAUUCUGGCUAAAGCAUAACACUCUAUUUUUUUUUUUACAAAAUACAGGUUAUUAGUGUAAAUCUUAUCUUUUUUGUUAUCUUUCUCAUUUGUUGAAAAGCUUACUUAAAUGUCUUUUGUUUUUAUUAAGUGCCUAAUUGAUAGUGCUUACUUUGAAGAAAAUGCCCUGAUUUAAUGGUGACUUUGCCUUUAUUAGAGUAUUUAACUUGUCCAUGUAUCUUUUUUUUUUUUUUUUUUUGAGACAGGGCUAUAGUAGCAUCAUCAUAGCUCAGUGCAACCUCAAAUUCUUGGGCUUAAGCAAUCUUCCUGCCUUAGCCUCUCGAGUAGCUGGGAGUACAGGUGCAUACACCACCAUGUCCAGCUAAUUUUUCUUUUUUUUUUGAAGAGACAGGGGGCUCACUCUUGCUCACUUGAGUACCAAACCCCUGGCUUCAUGUGAUCCUCCUGCCUCAGUCUCCAGAAUGCUAGGAUUACAAGCAUGAGCCACUGCACUCGGCGCUUGUAUUUUUUUGAUGCUUGUCUAGGCUUCGCAUCUCUCCGCAUCUAUCCAUCCAUGCAAUGGAUAGCUGGUAGAGGGCAUGAGAGUAUGACCGGCCUAAGGCCACUGAGCCAGAGAUUCACAGAGAAGAGUAGGGGCAGUUCCACAUGGUCAGACUUUCCUCCUAGAAACAAUCUGUGGAGGAGUAAGAGCGGGGGAGCAGCUGUAGGGUGGGCAUGGAACUGUCCUAAGGCAGCUGACCUGUUUUCAGGUUAUUUGCCCUUCCCUACUUUGGGGGUAAUUUCCAUUUGGAUUUUGCAGCAAUAAUGAAUUUAUUUCCCUCUUGGUGAGGAUUUAUCACAUAAAGUCUUUCUGUUAUAAAACUAACUUCACAUAAUAAUGUAACUAGAGGAGAGACUAGUACAGAGCAUUUUAUGGUUGCUACAGAGCACAUGUGUUCAUGAGAUAGGACCUAAAUUGCACUUUCUACAGAUUCAGUGAACUUCAAGUGUCUUCUUAAAUUAUUAAAAAAGUAUUUUGAAAUAUUUUUAUUAAAUAGAAGUCUUCUAUUUACUGUAGUAAGUCAUGUCGCAUAUAGAUAAUACUCUUUUCAUCCUUUCUCUUUUUUACAUGCUUUUUACAAAACUUAGUAGCCAAUUAUAGGCUUUCUAAUCAAAAUCAUAUGAAAAUUGCUUUGUUGGGCGGCACCUGUGGCUCAGUGGGUAAGGCACCGGCCCCAUAUACUGAGGGUGGCUGGUUUGAACCUGGCCCUGGCCAGACUGCAACAAAAAAAUAGCCGGGCGCUGUGGCAGCCACCUGUAGUCCCAGCUGCUCGGGAGGCUGAGGCAAGAGAAUCGCCUAAAGCCCAGGAGUUGAAGGUUGCUGUGAGCUGUGAUACCCCAGCACUCUACCGAGGGUGAUAAAGUGAGACUCUGCCUCUAAAAAAAAGAAAAAGAAAGAAAAUUGGUCUGUUGUUUUUCUAUUAUAGAUUCUGCUUCUCAGUGGGCCUGAUUUCAUACGAAAUAUUUCUGUCUUUUUGUGUUAGGAUAUACUGAAUUGUGAUAAUUACUAAUGCCUAAAAAUUUGUUCAUUUCUUUUCCACAUUCUUCUUUCCCAACAUAUAAUCACAAAAUAAAGGGUAAAAAUACCUUUUAGAUAAUGAGGAAAGAUAACUUUGAAUAUCUCUCAUUGAAAUUGAGCAUCUCUUCCUGAAAAUGGGCUGUUUUUUCCUUCUGUAAAUCUAAAAAUUAAUCUUUUAGUUUUAAUAUUCCUGGACAUUUUUUAAUAACACAGUUUAGCAAGUAUUUUUUUUAGAUUUAACGAAAAUGAAAAGCAUGACCACAUUUGUUUUUGUGGUUCUAGAAACAGUUGAUAAUCAAAAUCAGUUGAGCAAAAAAAUGUCCUUUCUAUCUUUCAAUUUUAUUUUUCACUUGUAUGCUAAUAUUUGAAGUUUGAAAAAAUUUGUGCUACUUUUUUCAGCAUGUUUUCUUGUCCGCUUAUGGAUCUGUCAGAUAUUUUUAGGAUGUCUCCAGCUGUUUCAUCAAGGAAAAUAUUUCUGUACAUUCCAUCUUAAAGUGUUACUAAUUGUUUCAUACUGUAGACUUCCCCGAUUUUUAACUCUUUUAUAUCCAACCAUGACAUGGUUUCUUAAUCUUAGCAAUGGUAUUUUAGACUGGAUAAUUCUUCUUUUUGGGGUUCUAUGCUGUGCAGUAUAGGAGAUGUAGCAAUGUCCCUGACCUCUGCCCUCUAGCUAUCAGUAGCAUCCUCCUAGUUGUUAAGGCCAAAACUGUCCUUAAACAUUGCCAUCCUGGAAGGCAAAAUCACCUGCCACUAACAAUCACUGAAAACUCAGUGAAUAUAGUGUCAUAUUCCUUUUUUUACUGCCUCCUUUUACCUUAGGAAAUUGUUAUCAAAAACAGGUAGUAGUAUCUUUAAAUAAAGUUGUUACUUUGCUGGUAAAUGAGAAAAAACAAAACAAAACUCAUGUAGUUGUCUUCUGAUGUUUUAAUCCAGAGCUCUACCUCUGUCAUUUCUGUGAUCUUAAUUACCGUAGUAGACCCAUGAUUUCAGUAUAGGAUUAAUGCAUUCUUCAGAUCAUCUUUGAUUUGAUCUGCUGCUUUGCUUCCUUUCAUCUCUGAGCAAAAGAGAUUAUUUCUUUUGGCUGGGCGUUGUGGCAGGCGCUUGUAGUCCCGGCUACUUGGGAGGCUGAGGCAAGAGAAUCGCUUAAGGCCAGGAGUUGGAGGUUGCUGUGAGCUGUGAUGCCACAGCUCUCUACCCAGGGCGACAGCUUGAGGCUCUGCCUCAAAAAAAAAAAAGAGAGAUGAUCUCUCUUUUUUAUCUGCUUUCUGUGUAAACCUUCACCAGAGUGGAAGCUCCCUAAAAGCAGAAACCAUGUCUACUUCCCUAGAACUUAAGGUUUGCUUAGAUGUUUGUGGAAUACAUUUUUAGUUUAUGUUUGUAAAUACAAUGUUGUUUUCAUCCUUGAUGUUGGUUACCACAUUUGUCGAUAGAGAGCAGUUUAUAUUUGUUGCAGGGUCCCAUGGGACCCUGUUGAAUUAAGAAGUACUUGCAUGAGAACUAGAAUCCUCAUAUUGUUUAUUGAAAAUUCUUCCUAUGUUUAUGUUUGCAAAUGAAUUUGUGUAGAGAUAGGCAUCCGUAAAUAUACAUACUUAUAUUGGAAGGUAUAUUGAAGCCUUUUAUUUAUAGAUUUUAUAUAUUUGACUGCAGAUGACUAACAGAUUGAAUCUUAAAAGUGCCAAACCUGGUGCUAUUUACGAACUUCAUAAAUAGCCUCUUCUGCAAGGGACUUAUGCUGGGGACCAGUCUUUAAAAUAUUCCCUCAAAUCACAACUUAGUAAGAGAAAAAUAUAACAAGAAAAAUUAAAAUAAUCCAAUCCAGGAGUCUGGUGAAAAUUUUGUAAUUCUUUGAGUGAAGAUGUAGCUGUACCCUGGAAUUCUUUGACGUUAAGUGAGUCUAGCGUCAUCCCAGAGAAAGCCUAGAAGGCUUGAAUCCAUCCUAAAGGAUUCUGAAACCCUUUGGGAAAUGUGGAUCGAGUUAAAAUCCCCAAAUACACCUUGGACAUUUAUGACCUACCUGGUCCCAGAAGCAUCUCACAUACCCAAAGCCAGAUCAUGCAGGUAAAACCAGUCAAGAUGGGCAACCUCAGUAAGUUAAAUCAGUGAUUCAAAAUCAUGUUUUUUGUUUUUUUGUUUUUUUUUAACAAAAACAAAAGAGCCAUGGGCGGCGCCUGUGGCUCAGUCGGUAAGGCGCCGGCCCCAUAUGCCGAGGGUGGCGGGUUCAAGCCCAGCCCCGGCCAAACUGCAACAAAAAAAACAAACAAAAAAAAAAACAAAAACAAAAGAGCCAUAUAGAUGCACCAGCAUCUGUUCUAAGUCACUUCCUAUAUUGUCACUAUAUUCCCAUGGGACCUUUGUUCUAACGGAACAAGGAAUGACCUUGGGAGUGGGAAGGAUAGAGACAGAUACUGGCAAAAUCAAAUAUUUCUGGAAUUCUUUGUCAUUCUGUAUCUGUAGUCUUUCCUUCCUUUUUGGUAAAUUUAGUCUGUUAUAAAACGGCUAUGUCUAGACAUAUAUCUGUAUUUCUUAGGGAAAAAAUGAUACCCAUUAAAUGAGCCUUAUCUUUCUCAGAAACUGCCAAAUUGUUUUCCAGAGUAGCUGUACUAUUUUACAUUCUCACCAGCAAUGUUGAGUGAUCCUGUUUAUCUACGUGCUCACCAGCAUUUGGUGUUAUCACUAUUUUUUAUCUUAGUCGUUCUGGUGGGUGUGUCGUAAUAUCUUAUUUUGGUUGUAAUUUGCAAUUCCAUAGUUAAUAAAAUGAUGUUGAACAUU